AUGUCGGACGCGGCCUCUUCCGUGACGCGCAUGCGCGCCGUCCUGCGCCACAUCGCAGCCGGUGGCAGUCCGUCGUCGGCUCCGUCGCCGUCGUCUCAGCUGUCGCUGCUCGUGCCGAGUCCCGCGACGCGCUGGAACGGCUGGGGCUUCCAGGACACGAAGCUGUUUGUGAACGCCGACAAAGUGAUUGAACUCUCGGGCACGCGCUACGCCGAAGUGUUCGCCAAUGCACCGGACCGGACGCUGCCGUCGCUGCUACCGUGGGCCGAGAAGCACCUCGGACUGGACGCGGACCGCGGCAGUCCGUCUCGAGUGUCGUGCGCCGAAGAGCUGGAGCUGCGCAAUGAAUUGGAAGAGGACGGCGAGGCGCAGAAGAAGCUGCUGCAGCUGUUGCGUUUGGUGCGUGAAGAGAUGAAGAUGAAGGUCAGUGUGUUCGUAGAAGAGCGCGUGCGACACGGACAUGGUCAGACGUGCGAAGACGUGUUUCGUCUUCGGUACGUACAGACUGUGGAGCGUGUGCCUGAUGCCGUGGUGUGGCCCACGUCUCAUGAACAAGUCGAGGCGCUGAUCCAGGAGGUGACACAGCAUUUCGCAGAUUACGUGUGUUUGGUCCCGUUCGGAGGAGGGACGAACGUGACCAACGCACUGGAGUGCGACUCGAAAGAGCGACGCGCUAUCGUGUCGCUGGAUAUGAGCGACAUGCGGCGUCUAUUGAGUGUAGACAGUGACAACAUGCUAGCAGUUGUCGAAGCAGGGAUCACAGGGCUGGACUUACACGAGCGCUUGCGUCAUCGUGGGCUUACGCUUGGACAUGAGCCAGACUCGUGGGAGUUCUCGACGCUCGGAGGAUGGAUUGCAACACGCGCUUCCGGUAUGAAGAAGAACAUGUAUGGCAACAUCGAAGACUUGGUCGUGAAUAUCACGACGGUGACGCCGCAGGGCACGAUGCAGCGAGCUGCAAACGUACCGCGUGCUGCUAUGGGUCCAGAUAUGAACCACGCCAUGAUGGGAUCGGAAGGCAUCUUUGGCGUCCACACUCAGGUGACCCUGCGUCUCCGUAAGUUUCCGAGCGUGCAGGUCUAUGACUCGCUCAUUUUUCCAAGUCUUGAACACGGCCUCGCAGCGCUGAUGGAGAUCACUCGUGCUGGGUGCGAGCCGGCGUCGCUGCGCCUACUCGACAACACACAGUUCCAGCUGGGACAAGCGCUCAAGACGUCAUCUACAACAAACAAGUUCACCGCUGGUGUCCUGGACUUUGCAAGAAAGACGUACGUGACGAGGGUUUGUGGAUUUGAUGUGAACGAGAUGUGUGCUGCAACUGUAUUGCUGGAAGGAUCUGACCAGGGAAAAGUGGCAGAGCAGCAGAAGCGCAUCCAGACCAUUGCGAAGCGUCACGAAGGUAUGGUUGGCGGUGAAGAGAAUGGCAAGCGCGGCUACUUCUUCACAUACAUAAUUGCAUACCUCCGUGACUUCGCACUGGAUUAUUACUUUAUGAGUGAGUCGUUCGAGACGGCAGUUUCUUGGACGAACGCGCGUCAGCUCAUUACCGACAUCAAGGUGGCUAUCAACUCGGUAGCUGCUAGUCGUAACGUGCAGGUUCCGCCGCUCAUUGCCUGUCGUAUCUCGCAAGUCUAUGGAACGGGCGUCUGCGUGUACGUGUACUACGGAAUCAACUACUUUGGCGUCAAUGAGCCAAUGACUCUAUUUCGCGAAACGGAGCUGGCUGCUGUGGAGGCGAUCUUGCGCAACGGCGGCGCUCUGUCGCAUCAUCACGGCGUUGGCAAGCAUCGUCUUGCAUGGUUGCCACAAGCAGUGUCGCCUGCCGCUAUUUCAGCCAUCCGGGGGAUCAAGAACGCAUUGGAUCCCACUAACGUCUUUGCAGUCACGAAUUUGCAGCCGUCAAAGCAGUACGUUGAGGGUGCGCGCGAGGACUAG